CCACAUUUUUAUUUUUUUUCCAUUUACCAAAAAUCACAUCUUCUUGAAAUUUGAACCCCCUCUACCCCCAUUUUUAAUCUCUGCCCUCUAUUUAAACCUCUGUGUGGCUUCUUUCUAGGUGUGAUCAGAUCAGUUCAAUAAGCCUCUGCUUCUUAUGUUUUCUGGGUUUUGCCCACCACCUGUUCGACGAAUGGCCUCAAUGGCCAAUCUGUAUCUUUUUUGCGUUGUUCUUCUUUUUGCCUCAUGGGUUUCAGCCAAUGCCAAUGGACUGUCUGGGGAGAAGGAGGAGGUGACUUUGAUGGAUGUUGUGUACCCCAAGGUUCCAGUUCCAGCCCCUGUUCCUUCUCCUCCGGCUUACAAAGAGCCGGCGCCGGCGCCGCCUGUCAAGCCACUGCCGCCGCCGGCUCCGCUAAUCAAACCACCGGCAGCUCCGCCGGUUAAGGCACCAUAUACCCCUGCUCCACCAGUCAAGCUUCCCCCACCUCCAACUCCGCCGGUGAAGCCGCCGUCAUCUCCUGCUCCGCCGGUGAAGCCGCCGUCAUCUCCUGCUCCGCCAGUGAAGCCGCCGUCUUCUCCUACUCCGCCGGCGAAGGCACCUUACGUUCCUUCUCCGCCGGUGAAGCCGCCGUCUUCUCCUGCUCCGCCGGUGAAACCACCAUACACCCCAUCUCCUCCGGUGAAGGCACCUUACACCCCUGCUCCGCCGGUGAAUCCGCCGUCUCCGGCAGCUCCCAAGCCACCGCCAGUCUCCGGCCAGGAAUGCUACCCACAAUGUGGAAGGAGAUGUGAGCUGCAUUCAAGGAAGAGGGUGUGCAUAAGGGCGUGCGUGACGUGCUGCUACAGGUGCAAGUGCGUGCCGCCGGGGACAUACGGCAACAGAGAGCUCUGUGGAAAGUGCUACACCGAUAUGACCACUCACGGCAACAGAAUCAAGUGCCCAUAAUAAACAAACAAAACCAAAGCCUUUUUCUUUUUCUUCUCUUUUAUAUGGUUUUAUGUUCUUCCAAGGGUUAAUUUACAUGCUCUCUGUUUUGAAUCUGUUUGGAUUUUGAUGUAUGAUAGUGGUGGUAUUAGUUUAUCUAUCUACUCUUGCUUUUGCAACUUGUGUCA